AUGCCCAGAGACAUUCAGAACCACCUGCUGUUCGAAAUCGCCACGGAGGUGGCGAAUCGCGUGGGCGGCAUUUACUCAGUGCUGAAAUCCAAGGCGCCGAUCACGUGCUCGCGGUACCGUGACAACUACACUCUGUUGGGGCCGUUGAACCGUGCCACCUACCAGACGGAGGUGGAGCCCAUGGACUGGACCGACCCGCAGACGUUCGAGUCGCGGGGCUCGCACACGCCGGAAAUUCGCAUCGCGCUCGAAAACAUGCAAAAACGUGGGGUUGUCUUCGUGUACGGACGCUGGCUGAUCGAGGGCGCCCCUCGCGUGCUCUUGUUCGACCUGGAGUCCGUGCGAUGCUAUUUGAACGAGUGGAAGGCGGACCUCUGGGAUAUCGCCGGAAUUCCGUCCACAGAGAGCGACUCAGAGACCAACGACGCCAUUUUGUUCGGCUACUCGGUGGCCUGGUUUCUCGGAGAGCUCGCACAUUUGGAUCAGCGCCACGCCAUUGUGGCCCACUUCCACGAGUGGCUCGCAGGUGUGGCCUUACCCCUAUGUCGUAAACGUCGGAUCGACGUGGUGACCAUCUUCACCACACAUGCCACACUCUUGGGCCGUUAUCUCUGUGCCGGAAAUGUAGACUUUUACAACAACCUUGACAAGUUCGAUGUUGACGCAGAAGCUGGCAAAAGAGGUAUCUACCAUCGGUACUGUGUAGAGCGUGCAGCAGCACACACUGCUGACGUGUUCACCACUGUGUCACAAAUUACUGCAUACGAGUCUGAGUUUUUGUUAAAGCGGAAGCCAGACGGAAUUCUGCCCAACGGAAUCAAUGUGGUAAAGUUCCAAGCGGUCCACGAAUUCCAAAACUUGCACGCAUUGAAAAAGGAAAAGAUCGACGACUUUGUCAGGGGUCAUUUCCAUGGACAUUACGAUUUCAAUCUGGACAAUACGCUGUAUUUCUUCAUCGCUGGAAGAUAUGAAUACAGAAACAAGGGUGCCGAUAUGUUUAUCGAAGCACUUGCGCGCUUAAAUUACCGCCUGAAAAUGGCGGGUUCCAAGAUGACUGUUGUGGCAUUUAUCAUCAUGCCUGCUAAGAACAAGUCCUACACUGUAGACGCACUCAAGGGACAAGCCGUUGUUAAAUCGUUGGAAAACACGGUGCACGAUGUUUCAAGCCUGAUCGAGAAACGGUUGUUCGAGUAUGCAAUGCGCAGCCCCAAUGGGGUCGGGGCAGAAAUUCCUACCGAGCUAGACCAGUUACUAAAACCUUCCGACAAAGUGCUUUUGAAACGAAGAGUGCUGGCGCUCAGACGACCAGAAGGUUCUUUGCCGCCUGUGGUUACCCAUAACAUGGUGGACGAUUCUCACGAUCCCGUUCUCAACCAAAUAAGAAGAGUUCAAUUGUUUAACAACUCCAAUGAUCGAGUCAAAGUUAUUUUUCACCCUGAGUUUUUGAAUGCCAACAAUCCUAUCCUUUCCCUAGAUUACGACGAGUUUGUUCGUGGUUGCCAUUUGGGUGUUUUCCCAUCAUAUUAUGAACCAUGGGGGUAUACGCCUGCAGAGUGUACCGUUAUGGGCAUUCCUUCGGUCACGACUAACCUGUCGGGAUUUGGUGCAUACAUGGAAGAUCUCAUUGAGCAAGAUCAAGCCAAGGAUUACGGUAUUUACAUUGUAGACCGCCGUUUCAAAAGUGCAGAUGAGUCUGUGGAACAACUUGUGGACUACAUGGAGAGCUUCACACAAAAGACCCGCAGACAGCGCAUCAAUCAAAGAAACAGAACCGAAAGACUUUGCGACUUGCUCGACUGGAAACGCAUGGGCCUGGAGUACGGCAAAGCCCGGCAGUUGGCACUUCGCAGGGCGUACCCAGACCUGUUCAAAGCUGCGGUAGGCGAAGAGAUCAGCGACGUCAGCAUGAACUCGCUUGCAGGCGGCAAAAAGAUCAGAGUAUCGCGGCCGCUCAGCGUCCCAGGGUCCCCACGUGACCCUCGCGCUGAAAGUCUUGGCGGCACUGUUCUCAUGACGCCCGGUGACCUGGGCACUCUACAGGACGCCAACAACGCCGACGAUUACUUUUAUCUCAGCAUGGGUGUAGAGGACGAGGAGGAAGAAGAGGUGAACUAUAUGGCGGCCACACAAUAA